UACAAGUCCCAACUCACAAAAAGAAUUUGAGACGAAGUUUGUGAUUGGAGCAAUCAAAAAUCCAAAUCCAAAUGUACAAGUUUCCUACAAGUUUUUCAUCAAUGUCCCAUGCCAUGACAUUGCAGCCUGUGAUGAUAAUUCAGACCAUCAGCUUCAAGAACGAAAAGGACCAAUUGUUUGGUUGUCGUACGAAGGUAGCUCGCAAUGCAAACAUGGAGAAAUUGCGGAAUGGCUACCUGUUUCCUGAGAUUUCAAGGCUGGAGCUUGAACACAUUGAGAAGUACCCGAAUGCAAAGUUGAUAAGCCUCGGAAUCGGCGACACAACAGAACCAGUACCAGAAAUCAUCGCAUCAAGCAUGGCUAAUUAUGCACAUGCCCUUUCGACCGCUGACGGUUAUUCAGGGUACGGACCUGAACAAGGCAAUAAGGCAUUGCGGGAGGCAAUUGUAAAAGCAUUCUAUAAAGAUCUGCAGAUAAUAGACACAGAAGUUUUCGUAUCAGAUGGUGCGCAGUGUGACAUUACUCGGCUUCAGGUACUCAAUUACCGUUUUAGUUUGGCGGAUGCUCGUUAUCUUACCCCGUGCAGCGCUGGAAGCAAGGGUAUUCCGGUAACACAGAUUUAUGAUUUUCUUGUGUACUUGCAGUUGUUGCUGGGCUCCAAAGUGACCAUAGCUGUUCAGGAUCCAUCAUUUCCGGCUUACAUCGACUCAAGUGUGAUUAUCGGUCAAGCUGGAGACGAAGGUGGGAGUGGAAGGUAUGGCAGCAUUGAGUACAUGAAGUGUGGACCCGAAAAUAACUUCUUUCCCGACUUAGCGACCACUUCAAGAACAGAUGUUAUCUUCUUCUGCUCUCCAAACAACCCCACUGGUCAUGCAGCAACUAGGGAGCAAUUAGAGCUUCUUGUCAAGUUUGCCAGGGACAAUGGAUCCAUUAUCAUCUUCGACUCUGCUUAUUCGUCUUAUGUACAAGACGAUAACUGCCCUCGUUCCAUCUUUGAAAUUCCCGGUUCUAGACAGGUUGCGAUCGAAAUAUCAUCAUUCUCCAAGUUUGCUGGCUUCACUGGUGUCCGUCUAGGCUGGACAGUUGUGCCUGACGAGCUCUUAUACUCGAAUGGAUUUCCUGUUAUACACGACUUCAAUCGCAUUGUCAGCACUUGCUUCAACGGCGCAUCUAAUGUUGCUCAAGCAGGUGGACUCGCCUGUCUUUCCUCGCAAGGUUUCAAGGCUGUGAAUUCUCUGGUUGACUACUACAUGGAGAAUGCAAAUAUACUGGGUGAGGCAUUGUCUUCUGUUGGUUUACAAGUAUACGGUGGUGCCAAUGCUCCCUACAUUUGGGUGCACUUUCCAGGUUCAAAUUCUUGGGAUGUAUGCAAACACAUUCUUGAGAAAACACACAUAAUUACAGUUCCGGGAUCUGGAUUUGGUCCGUCGGGUGAAGAGUUCCUGAGAAUUAGUGCUUUUGGCCACAGAGAGUGUAUACUAGAGGCCACAGCUAGGCUUAAAACCCUAUUUCUAUAGGAAUAAGGAACACCCUACUUCUCACUUCAUCUAUUCACAAUCAGCAUACACGACAUCAUUGGGAUGGCUUGGCCCGCUAAAUGUUAUACUUUACAACUUAGAGGCUUCGUUUUAUGAGAGGAAUAAUUACUAAACCAAUAAUAAUUCGUGGUACGGGUAAAAAUCUGUACGAGAAUAUGAGAUUUAUUAUAUUUUCUACCUAGUAUUAAAGUUAUAUAUGUCUUUGAGAGUGUAUGUGGGUUUUUCUAAAUAUUAAGUCGCUUGGCUACA